AUGGCGCCGCCGCCGGAGCUGAUGCCCGAGCUCGUCGAGGAGAUCCUCCUCCGAGUCCCGCCGGACGUCCCCGCGUGCCUCGCGCGCGCCGCCCUCGUCAGCAAGCCCUGGCGCUGCCUCCUCUCCGACCCUGCCUUCCGCCGCCGGUACCGCGCCUUCCACCGAGCGCCGCCUCUGCUCGGCUUCAUCCACGGGUACUUCGCCGCCAGCGCCCGCAAAGUGCCCCUCUUCGUUCCUGCGGUAACGCCCUCCCCAUUCCCCCAGCGGGCGUUGCGUGCUGAUUUCGCCGGCUGGUGCGUCCUCGACUGCCGCCAUGGUCGCGUCCUCUUUGGCAUCCCCGGCGAGGGCUUGAACCUUGUCGUCUGGGACCCCACUACCGGCAAACGGCAGGGGCUUCCGGAGCCACCGGUCCGUCGUCAGGCCUACAAUGCGGCGGUGCUCUGUGCCGUCCGCGGCUGCGACCAUCUCGACAGCCACAGUGGCCCAUUCUUCGUGGUCUUGGUGGGCGAUGGCAACGGGGCGACGGGGUCACACUUGUACUCAUCGGAGGCUGGUGCUUGGAAUGCAUCUGCUGAUCUGGGUUCCAUUUCUUUUGCCAAGAGGAAGCCUAGCGCGCUUGUCGGAGAUGAUCUCUACUUCGUGCUUGCCCCGGGCGACAUAAUUCUCAAGUACAACUUGGGCAAGAAUUGUUUAUCCAUCAUCCACCCUCCGGAGGCACCCGGCAAACAUGGGGACAUAUUACUCGUGCCAAUGGAGGAUGGCUCACUGGGGCUUGCCCGUUUGAAAUGCUCAUAA